AAUCAACACUGUGAUGGCAUCGUCGCAGGAUGAAGUGACUGCUGCCAAGGUAUCACCACCAAGAGCUUCCCACCACCGCCGGUGCCCGAGACUCCUUGUACACUCUGCGAUUGGUUUUGGCCUUGUUGUGGUGUCACUAGUCCUCGUAUUUGUCUUCAACUCCGCUUUCUCGUUGUCUGCAUCACCAUUGCCGCGGGGUCGCUCAACACCUGUGAUUGUCGUGCUUGGAGAUUCCAUCACAGAGUAUGGAGAGAAUCCUCAGUUGAUGGGCUAUGCAUCUAUGCUGGCCAACGCUUACGUCCGUCGUGCCGACGUCGUCAACCGUGGCUCCGCCGGCUGGACAACGCGCACUUGGCUUCCUCUUUUCCCCGCCAUGGUCCAAGACUGGGAGCGAAAACCACCGGCCUUGGUUUCCAUUUUCUUAGGCGCCAAUGAUGCUGCAGUAGACACCGAUGCCCAGCAUGUUCCCAUCGAUGAAUUUGCGUCCAACCUGCGAGAAAUGGUCCGAUUGAUUCAACAAGUGUUCCCAGCGUGCCACGUCAUGCUGGUGACGCCGCCUACUGUAGACGAUGCCACGUGCAUUUAUCCCCGACGGAAUGCUCUGACGGAAGUGUAUGCCAAGUCGUGUGUGGAAGUGGGUGCAGCUCUGAAUGUGUCAGUGGUGGACCUCUGGACAGCGUUCCAAAACCGACAGAACACGACCAAGCGACUCCACGUGGCCAACGACGGACUGCACCUAAAUGACAUUGGCAAUGAGCUUGUAUAUGACCUCUGGCUUGCCCAGGUGAACCAGGACAUGCCACUCCUGAGUCCCCGCCAAUUGCCCAUUGUUUUCAGUUGAGAGGCUGUUGAUGCUAACCUAUAAUUAUGCGGCGUAGGAUAGCAUCAACACUAAUACUUUUACAUCAUGUUCGUAUACAUCU